GGGCAGGUGAGGUGAGCUGCCUGUGACAACAGGCUGAACGGAGGCACAGGUUCUUCAAAGAUGAAGUGGUUUAAAGUUGUUGCCCUUGUUGUGUGCGCCUUCGUACCCGCCGCUCACUCCCAAUCAAUAGCCUGGUGUUAUCACCUCCCAUCCUGCAAUGACACAACCUGGUCAACAAUUGUCCCCCAGUAUUGCAACGGCACCCGACAGUCACCCAUUGACAUCGUCUCAGCAUCUGCCACACCGAACGACAACCUGAGUGAAUUCACUUUUGUGAAGUAUGACGACACCUCAUCAAUGACAUCAAUAAAAAAUACUGGCAACACAGUCAAAGUGACCCUUAAGAGCGGAGUUAAGAUUUCAGGAGGGGACCUGUCCGAGCAAUAUGACAGCCUGCAGUUCCACUUGCACUGGGGCGACGGCUCCUCUGUCCCCGGCUCAGAGCAUACAGUGGAUGGAAAGCGCUAUCCUAUGGAGCUGCAUAUUGUAAACAGGAAGUCAUCCUACAAUGGGAAUACAAGUCUAGCCCUUAAUGACUCCACCGGAUUUGCAGCGCUUGGUUUCUUUAUCGAGGUAAUGUCAGGCAACUCAACUGGUCAGCCGGAAAGCUGGCGCAAUUUGACCUCUUACUUGGCCAACAUCACAGAAAAAGGUCAGAACGUUUCCAUUGCAGCCGGGUUUUCCCUGGACGACCUGCUCGUCGGUGUGGAUCGCACUAAGUAUUACCGCUACCUUGGAUCCUUGACGACCCCCGCUUGUUAUGAGGCGGUGGUCUGGACCGUUUUUAAGGACCCGAUUAAAGUCAGCAAAGAUCUGAUUGACCUCUUCAGCACCACACUGCACUUCAAUGACAGGACAUCACAAAUCAUGAAAAACGUCUACAGAAGCCUGCAGCCUGCACAGCAAGUCUGGACUCAGAGCAUCAAGGCCUCAGCCUCCACAACCUGCUUCUCCCUGAGCCUGCUACUUCUCAGUCUUGCACUGGGCUGGAGUUGGAGCUAAAAUAGAAAGAGGACGUCAUCAACAACUUUGCUGAUCAACCCGUUACCUCACUUCAGCACAUGCGUUCUUUUCCCAUUUAACUAAAACUGACCUUGCUGAUUUCUAAUGUAGUUCUUUGUGUUUGACAUAAUCACGAAAAGUGUAAAAAAACAACUUAUUAAGGUGAAGGCUACUUCUGCUCCCAUCUUAUCUCUCUUGAUUAUGGCUACCUGUGACCAAGCUUUUGCCUGUUGUCAGAUUUGAGUCUGUAUGAUGAAUGCACCUCGUGCAUGCAAUGUUCACUUUAAGCAAAGACACUGACAUGUUUUCAUUUUGCAAAGCCAAAUGGUCUGACCAAUUGAAUCAUGUUCCAUGCCAGAGCUACAUGUGGGUGACAAAGGGAUGCACCUGCACUAUUUACAGUGUACUUCUGGUGGUUAUGAAAUCCAGCAUUAUAAGAAUGUGUCAUUAUCUGGUGACAUGUUACGAUAUGCCUUGAUGUUGGCACAUGCACCUAGUUUAGUUUACCAAGCGGUGAUUGAAGGAUAUGGUGAUUUUUUUGUAAAAUAAAACUUUUGCCUCCAUCAUUGCAGCUACUGCUGCAGUUGAAAUGCACUGGUAGCUAAAACCACAAAAUGGAAAAAGAAAACAUGCUGUUUCAUUUAUGAAGUUCAUAGAUAUGAAAGAUUUGUGUCUUACUUUCUUAGAUGAACCAAAUUAUUUGUCAUUGAUACACAUUGCUUAUGCCCUUAAUACUGUACUGUACUGCAUGAACAUGAAGAAAACUGUGGCUUUCCUGGUCUUAAUAAAUGGCAAUUAAAA